AAUUGAAGGAAAAAACUUCCAGCGAGAGGAGAAGCGUGCCAGCGGCCAGUUUGAACCCGGUUUCUUCCCAAAAGCGCACAGAGAGACGUCUUGACACAGUUCCCCUCAUCUUUGCGGAUACCUACACAUUUCUGUAACCACGGCUUCAAAGGUGGACAGCGUUUUUUCCUCUCUAUCCCUGCAUUUCUUCAAGAAAGAAAUGGAAGAGGGCUCCAGUUCUCCGGUCUCCCCUGUGGAUAGUCUGGUGACCAGCGAGGAGGAGCUGGACAGGCAGCAGAAGCGCUUCGCGAGGAAGAGGAGACACAGUAAAAAGUCCAGCGAGGACAGCAGCGGCAGCAGCCCGGGGCCGGUGAAGCGGGGCAAGAAGCCGAGUCCGAGCAGCACUCAGUCGUACGAGGAGCUGCAGAACCAGCGGGUCCUGGCCAACGUCCGGGAGAGGCAACGGACUCAGUCUCUGAACGAGGCCUUUGCGUCUUUACGCAAAAUUAUCCCCACUCUGCCGUCGGACAAACUCAGCAAGAUACAGACGCUGAAGCUGGCCUCCAGAUACAUAGAUUUUCUCUGCCAGGUGCUGCAGAGCGACGAGAUGGACAACAAGAUGUCCAGCUGCAGCUACGUAGCGCACGAAAGACUCAGUUACGCGUUCUCCGUGUGGAGGAUGGAGGGCGCCUGGUCAAUGUCAGCAUCUCACUAGCACCCAGAGAACUUCCCUCACAAUGCCAAAGCGACUGUUUACUUCUACAAAGUAUGAAGACCAAAGGGAUUAUUGAAGAACCCAUCGACCUCAAAGGCAUGGCAGAGACGUAAUGUGACCCACAACUACAAACUCUUGGGGAGUGUGUGUGGAUUCUUCACACUGCUUCUGACUGUCUGGAGCUGUUUGUGGCAGAGAAAAGGGAAAAACACACCCAGAGUCCUGCAAGAGGCCAAAAGAUUCACGGCCUGUAUUUCACCAAAGCCAUUCUUUAAUUGUUUUAGAAGGAAAUCUAUUUUGUUUUUCAAAGACUUUAAACCAAAGUAUAAAUAUAUAUAAAUGAAUGCAUAUUGUACAUACUUGUGUAAGUGCGCCUAUAGCCUGUAAAGGGACCAAUGCAAUUUAGAGUCUUUCGCUGCAUGGAUUUAUUUCACCGAUUUCUUUAGCGAGUCUCCAGCCAAACUCCGUCCAAUGUACAUUUUUUUUUUGUUUUGCUUAUUUAUUAAAACACGUAUUUUUGAACGAAAUUUGCUUCUUUUUUUUAAAAUUGGGAUGUAGAUUUUGAGCUUUAGCUGGUUGCUUUCCAAUAAGAUAAAGAAAUAAAAAUAAGUUAAUUAUUCAGAGCAAACUAAAAGAAAUGCCUCUUGUUUGCCUGAUUUUUUCCCCCUCUCUUGGGUGUGAGAAGUUACCCUUUUUACUCUCCCCCUGCUCUUGUUAUGGAAAGAAAACUUAAAGGAAAAAAAACAGACCGUAAAAAAAUACAGCUUCAUUAACAGUGGAGGAAAUUCAGGGCAGUUUGUGCCCUUAAAUAUUUCAGAUGGUGAUGCCUUUGGGCUCUUUAACGAGCAGGGAGCCCCAACAGCCCAGAUAAGGACAAUAACUCUGCAGCUUGAAAAAACACACAAGACCCCAACUAUAUAGACGACUAAAGGAAUUCCUUUGAAUCUCUCCCGCUUUCUCUUAAUGCAUUAAAACUGUUUACAUCUCGUUUUCCCAGACGUGGUUAGAUGCAAUCUAAACACUAAAAGGAGCUCAUUGUUAGCAGGACUGCUGGUGUAAAUGGGAAGCUGACUCUCUCUCUCUCUGUGGCCCUGCUGCUGAAAUCCUCACUUUAAAUAAUAUUUUAACCAUCAGAAAAAAACAAGCACCAGCCUCUGAUUUGAAAUAUACUAGUCCUACAUUGCAUUUUAAAGCUGGAUAAAAGCCAGGCCACGCUUUGAAGUGACUGUUUCCCAGGUGGAAAACUGUAAAAGCUUCCAGUAUUUAUACGCACAAAUUAUCCAGGACUUAAUGAAGGCCUUGUAAUGAAUGACUCUUGUUUUCUACACCUCUAGGAAUAUUUUAGCACUGCUCUGUCUGAUUUUUCUAAUGGCUUGUGAAUGCGGUCUGAAUGGGGAAACACCUGCAACCACUGUGGCUUCACUCUCCUGCUGCUUUGUGAACAUGCUGAUGCUCCAAACUCAUAUUAUCCAGCCUUUUAUUAAAGAUGGCACCUAAACAAACGGAGGAGUUUAUUUCCAAAUGAUCUCAGUGAGGAUCAUUUCCUUUUCUGUUUUGUCAAAGUAGAAUCACUUAUGUUCAUUUCAAGGUAUUUUGAAACUGAUGAUUUAUCUGAGCGUGCUGUGACGCUGUGAUCUCUGUGACUAAUUCUAAUCUUGCUGCUCCAGGACUGACAUGACUCUCCCUGUGUGAAGCCUCAGGAUAAAGCCCUUGUAAAAUGUGGGUGAAUUUGCAAAUCCGCAGAGCAGUGCAAACAGGGUCAUGACAACACAACUGACUGAAAAAUCUGUUUUCCUGUGCAAUCGGAAGCAAAUCUUCCUGUAAUCACAAGUUGAGUAAUUUCUAGCAAACAAUUCAGGCCAAAUCCUUUCUAUAAUCUUUCUCAAUAACUUGUUAAAGGUGAACAGCUGCCACAGUGUGCAGUCACUUUUGGCAUGGUGGUCUUGGAUGCUGUUGGGCAGCGCUUCCUACCAAGGCCGGCUUAUCCAUAGGAGCCCGUUUGAUACCUGCUCAUUAUCCCGGGCCCUCACAGCUGAGCAGCACAGAAUCACCCGGGGCCACUGCUCCAGUGGUGCGAGAGAUCCAGAUGUUUCCCGUAAAGUCAGAUGGAAAAAGCUACAAAACUUUAAUUUGCAGUAAAACGGGAAUAAAGUAAAGGUUUACACUCUGUGUGCCUCAAACGGUAUUCUGUGUUCGUCUGGUUCAGUAAAAGAAAAAAAAAAUCCAAAGGUUAACCUUAUAGCACUUUGGAGGCUGAUGUUGGCUCGACUGAACUUCCCCAAAUGCAGUGCAGUGCAGUGCAGUGCAGUUUGUGCGUGUGCUGGCAAAGCUGAAAGUCAGCUGUGUCGACUGCCACCACGACAAUACACAAAGCCUUAGUCAGACUUCAAAUAUGCUGCAAGUGUUGAUCUUUCUCUCCUUCUCCAACUGUGUGUUGUGGAGGAGCACUUUAUCAAGUAACCGUUCAAACUGAUGGAAUCAGCGAUUAAGAAGGAUUUUGUUAUGAAACCUGACCACAGUUUGGCAUUCAGCUUUCGUAGCUGUUUGUUGUUCUGUACUACAUGCACAAGUUAGCCUUCUUACAGGAAAUAACAGGUUUUAUAACCACAGAAUAGAAAUCAAAAUAAAGACAAGGCAAGAUUGCAACCAAGAAUGUGACUGGAUUAAAACAUGUUAUAAUUGUUAUAAAUGUUUUUUUCAGCUGCAGUUUUUUGACUGUCAUUAUUUUCUCUCUAUACACUAUCAUUCAAAAGUUUGGGGCCACUUAGAAAUGUCCUUAUUUUUGAAAGAAAAUCUUUUUUUUUCCAAUGAAGAUGACAUCAAAUUAAUCAGAAAUACAGCCUAGACAUUGUUAAUGUGGUAAAUGACUAUUUCAGCUGGAAACAGCUGAUUUUUAAUGGAAUAUCUACAUAGAGGUACAGAGGAACAUUUCCAGCAACCAUCACUCCUGUGUUCUAAUGCUACAUUGUGCUAGCUAAUGGUGUUGAAAGGCUAAUUGAUGAUUAGAAAACCCUUUUGCGAUUAUGUUAGAAAAUGAAUAAAAGUGUGAGUUUUCAUGAAAAACAUGAAAUUGUCUGGGUGACCUCAAACUUUUGAACGUUAGUGUAUAUUUUUUAGUCAUUACAUAAUUGUUGAGACAGUAAAAGACACUUAGGUAACUUAAAUCUUUGCACUUGCUGUUGCACUGAAUGGAACUAAGAGAAAUACUUUAUCUGCCUUAAUACAGGAAUCCAAAGCUGUGUGCAGACGAUGGAUAUCUAAAGUUAGGGAACAAUAAAUCCUGGUGCAUUCGAUAAAUGGAGUAAAGCUCAAACAGAGAGGACAAAGUGUGUGAUGCGUCUGAGUGCUGUACAACCUGGUGGAGUGUCAGCUGUUGAAGCUUCCCUGGUAAAAACGGAAUUAGCAAAAGUUCUGGCUUUGGUCUUUCCUUCAUUCCACCAUUUAAUACUUCGAUCCUACACAGAGGAACCUGCUUGCAAUAUUGACAGUUUUCAGGAUGGUGUUUUGUUUUCCUUGAGGAGUUUUGAAGUUCCUAAAACCAUCUUAUCCUUCACUGACCGACAGAAUCAGUUACAUCCAACGCUGCGUUAAAUCUAUUAGUAUAUGAUUACACUGAAGUGUGAAGGUUCAAAAUAUACUAAUUGAUGAAAACUGAAAUCAAUGACUUCCUUUUCUCAGUCUGUCUUGAGAAAAUGAUGACCUACAGUGUCAAACCUGAACAACUUUGGCAUAACGUAACAGUAUCAAAAUGCUGCACGUCCUCAGAAUGCCACAUUGACGGUGGAGACUAUCUUCCUUAUACCUGGUUAAGUAUCCUGAAAUAAACUCCUUGACCUUUGUCUUUUGCUGAUGUCACUGACCCUUUGAAAAGUGUGGACAUGAAGUGCCCAAAUCUGCAUCUAUAUCUUUCUCUUCGUCCAAAGAAAAGUCUAGUAUUUCUUCCUUUUUCCAAUGCUUUGAAGUGUCUUUAAAAAUUGAAAUAAAAUCAAUGAACAUGUCA